UAAAAUGGUUGGUAGUUGUUGUUAUUGUCUCUGUUAUGUGUCGAGUUUUACGUAAAAAAUUAUUUAAAAGAAAUAAUGAGUUUUAAAAUAACAAAUAACACGUGCAGAAUUUGUUUAUUACCGAAUAAGAAAGUUGAAAAUAUUUUUUCCAUAUCUAACUGCGAUAAUUACAAUGGACUUGUAUUUGAAUUUAAACAACAAAUUGAAAUCCACUGUGGGAUUGAGAUUGAUAAGAAUGAUGGAUUACCUAGCAAUAUAUGCGUUGAUUGCAAAACAAGGAUUAAUGGUGCUCAUGAUUUAUGGAAACGAUGUCAAGUAACAGAUAAAAAAUUGAAAGAAUUUUACAAUAGAACUGAUGGAAAAGUAAUCAAUUGCGUUACUUUAAAAAAUAAAUCUAGUCAAACCGGAGAUUCAUCUAUACCAGAAAUAACAGAACAUGAAGAAGAAAAAAAAUUAUACCACACAAAUACAUUGUCUUCGUUAAAAGAAACGAUAGCAUUAAAUAAAUUACAAAAUAAUAAUAAAAAAAAUUCAGGUUGUGAAAUAAAUAACAGUAAGAAUAUAAAUUUAAGUGAAAGUAGAACAGAGUCAAAGUUAAAGCUACGAAAUUUCAAAUUAAUAAAUUUACCAAGUGAUAAAAUAAUAGAUUAUAAAUAUAAUAAUUCUUUUAAAUUUGUAAACUGUAUAUUUCCUCAGAAAAAAAUAAUCAAAUUUGAAUCGACGCUAAAGGAUAAUAAUAAUUCCUGUGAAAAAAAUAAUUUAGAGGCACAAAAAAUUGAUUUGAUACUGAGUGAUGACAGGGAAAAUAAAGACGGAAAUAUUGAAAAUAAUUCUGAUGAGUUGAUGACAGUGGAGUCAAAUGCUGAGACUGUUGAUAAUAAUUUCUGUAUGAAAAGAAAGUUGGAGUCAGAAAAAAUUGAUUUGACACUGUGUGAUGACAGUGAAAAUAAAGACGUAAAUGUCGAGAAUAAUUCUGAUGAUUUGAUGACAGUGGAGUCAAAUAAUAAUUUCUGUAAAAAAAAGAAAUUGGAGUCACAAAAAAUCGACAUGACACUGAGUGAUGACAGUGGAAAUAAAGACGGAGAUAUUGAAAAUAAUUCUGAUGAGUUGAUGACAGUGGAGUCAAAUGCUGAGACAGUUGAUAAUAAUUUCUGUAUGAAAAGAAAGUUGGAGUCACAAAAAAUUGACUUGACUCUGAGCGAUGACAGUGAAAAUGCAGAUGUUGAAAAUAAUUCUGAUGAGUUGAUGACAGUGAAGUCAAAUCCUAAGACUAUUCCACUGAAGCAACAGAAAGAAAUAAACGACGUCAUUGAAAAUGAUCACUGUUAUACGAGUUUUGUAAAGCCCGCGAUAAGAAAGUCAUCGAGAGAAAAACGACUAAUAAAUUUGAAUAACGAUGAAUCAGAAAAAAUAAAUAAGAAAUCAAGUGAGUCAGCUGAUGUAAAACAAAUCCAGUGUGAUCUGUGUGACAAGACGUUUGUCAGAAAAUCGGCUUUCUUAAAACAUAUUAAACACCACAAGAUAACGUCUAGAGAAAAUAGAUUGCAGUGUACGAUUUGUAAUAAACAGUUGGGAUGCAACGGAUCUCUUAAACUUCACUAUUUAACUCAUGAAGAAGAAAAACCACACAAAUGCAAUUAUUGCGAUCGAACAUUUAUAACGAAACGCAAACGUAUAUAUCAUGAAAGAUGUCAUACACUUGAGCGACCGUAUACUUGCGAUCUUUGUGACGCGACUUAUCCUCAGAUGCAUUUAUUGAAGCUUCAUAUCACGAAACACACUGGGGAAAAUAAAUACUUGUGUGAUAAAUGUGGAAAAACUUUUAGGAUGUAUAAGUGUUUGAGAGAACAUCUUUAUACUCAUACUAAAGAAAAACCUUUUGUUUGUCGUAAUAAUUGUGGAAUGGCUUACGGUAAUUCUGGAAGUUUAUUUGCGCAUAGAAAAAAAUGUCUCACUAAAUUAACAGCGUUAGUUAAUUAAAAUGUUUACUUCCUUCUGAGUUUCAGUUUAAAAGUUAUUGAACUACUGUAAAAAAUUUUCAGAACGCAUGACUAUAUUUAAUGUCGGAGUAAAAUUCACUUCGAAGGAGUUUAUUAUAACUUUUAAACUCCGGUUCGAAGUUAAAUUAACUCCGCAAAAGAAUUUAUUUUAAUAAAAAAACUGGAUUUAAAUAAAAUGCAUAACUACUACGAAUCCACUCCAGAUUUUUUGCAAUGGAUUCACUUAUACGCAAGUAGAUCUUGUGAUUUCUUUUAAUUGUAUAAAUAAAUCAUAAUUAAAAUUCUUUUUUUUUUGUUUUUAAAUUCAAAUUUUGAAUUUUUUAAAUGUUGGGUAACAAAAAAAAAUAUUUUUUUAAAUAAUUUUAAACUAAAUUUAAUUAUUUAUUUAAUUCGUACUUUUUUAUUUUAUGCAUUUACGAAA